AUGGCUCCUGUCGGCUUGUUGGCUCGCAUCAAGAGUCUGUACACAAAACAACAGGAUGACCCAGCGCUGUCAGGCAGGACGGUCGCUUUUUUCUCUGUCCUACUCACAUUACUCUACGUGGUCCCAUUCUAUCUCUCUCCAACAACCAGACCAUCGCCAAGCCUUAGUCGCGAUGCGCCCUCCGUCAUUCGGGCCCGCAUUCGCGCCGUUACAGGUUCAUGCAUUUUCAGCUCAGUAGUCGUCCUCUGGCUGGCCGUUGAAGAGGGGAACACGUCGGUCGCUGCGGGGUUGAGACUACUCGGCUGGUGGCCCGUCGGCGUGUUGGAGAUCUUCCGCGGUCUGCUCCUAACCGCAAUUCUCUUCACGGGCCCGCUCUUCGAGCGAGGAAUCGUCGAGGGUGAAUGGAAAUUCUGGUUCCGCCACAGCAAGCUCUCUGAGAGCCUGGGUGGCUGGAUCGGGUGGAGAAAUUAUGUCGCGGGCCCUAUUACCGAAGAGGUCAUGUUCCGCUCGGCAAUUGUCCCCUUGCAUCUUCUAGCACAUGUAUCGCCAGGCCGCAUUGUCUUCAUCGCGCCAUUGUAUUUCGGCAUCGCGCAUAUCCACCACUUCUACGAGUUCCGCCUGACGCACCCAGACACACCAGCUCUGGCGGCAUUGGCGCGCUCGCUCUUCCAAUUUGGGUAUACUACCAUCUUUGGCUGGUACGCUACUUUUGUCUAUCUGCGAACCGGCUCCUUGUUGGCCGUCAUUGCCAUCCACAGCUUCUGCAACUGGUGUGGUCUGCCUCGGUUCUGGGGUCGCGUUGAGGCCGGAGAACCUAUGGGGCCGCCCAUCACUCGUGGCAAAGAAGACUCUGAGGGCAGCUCGGCUGAGGUUGGAGAUGGGACUCUCGGUAUUGGGUGGACGGUCGCUUAUUAUGUGCUUCUGGUGGCAGGCGCCUUAGCCUUUGCUCAGAGGUGA